AUGAAGGUUUUGGCUUGUCCCAAUUCUAAACCAAAUAAGAGUGCAGGAGACCUAGUGGGUAUAGGUACCGAUCGGAGAAUAGCUUCAGGUAGCCCCUAUAGACGACAUCCGUGGGGUUCAUCGGAACUAUAUAACAAAGACUAUCGGGAGGAUGGAUUGGGGCUAACAAAAAGGCUAUCGCUCAUUUAUAGCAUACCAGCCUCUUCACUUCGCUUCUCGCUCUCCUAUAACUCUAAUCAAGAUGCUUUCCACAAGGGUAUGAAAGAUUUGGAUAAAGUAUCACUCUCGAUGGCAAGGCUGGGGAAGAUCGAUCUAAGGGGUGAACCUAUUUCCGGAUUCCUUCUAGUGCUUAAGCGAACUCAGCAGCUUUCCCAAUCAUGGGCACAAUCUGUUCCCGACGAAGGCCAAGCUCGCCCACAGCCCCUUGACCACACUCUCCCUUGUAGCCCUAUUAAAGACUGA